AUUACGGUUACCUUGGUGUCGGGCUUCCACCGAGAGAGGUAGCUAGGAAAUGUAGUUUUUUCAGCUGUUACUUUUAUAGACAGUUUUUAUGAUAUUAUGUAAUUUCAUAAUGUAUCCAUACGUGGCACACGAGAAAACAUGGAACUUACAUGUAGAUGAAAAAAAAAAAAAAAGAUGAAAAUUAAUAAUUAAUUCCACAAUUUAAAAAAAGUUUAAUAUGUAAAAAAUAAGCCUAAUCCUGAAGGCACAGCUGCUAUCUUAGCGUGGUGUUGUUGUUUUUUUUUUAUCUUCCAUGCCUUCUUCUCUAUAUUACAUUGUAGUUAUUGGAAGUUGCAGUUAUGUGUUAUUUAUAAAGUAGGUUACCCGUUUGUUUAUUCAUUUAUCAUGUAUUUGUUAUUGGCAUUAGUUAGGGUUUGCGGCUUAAGCACGCACGUUUAAAGAGCUACAGCUUCUCGAGCUUUACAAAGUAUCUCUAUAUUUUCUUUUUAAGAGGAAAGUUUUCAUCUUACACAAGUUGAAAACUAGUUAGGCGCGCCUUGGUCUACUAAUGCGGGUCCUGCUGCGUACUCCGUCCCCGUUACCAUGGAAACCCUGUUACAAUGCUGUGGUCUGUGAUGCUAAAGCCGACCUUGAGCUAAACGGAGCACACUCAACAGUUUGAGAAGAGCUGGCUAUUAUUCAGUCCAACGUUACAUAUAAUCGCUGCAGAUGUCUCCACAAAAAGACGUCAAAUUUCCACCUUUAACACCGUCACAAAAACAAAGGCUUACAUAUGACCGUAGUGUACAAAAUGACACUAUCCAGACAUCAGAGGAAGGGCAAGAAGGAGAAGUAGCUGUUUCUAUCCAACCCGGAGCUAGAAAGCUGUGCUGGAAAGGUAGCAGUUACAUUUAUGCAGGCCCGGGGAGGAAGCCCCAACUCCUGAUGCACCUGGAGAGCUAUGUGAACAAGGAGCUGCACAAUAUCAGCUCCGAUGAGCCAAAUAUUCAGGAACUGAAGCUGCAGGUCUACCGUGAUGUCUUUGGUUGUUUCAUCAAAGAGUUCAAAACCUACAAACCCCUUCUUUCUGCCAUCAAAACGGAAUAUGAAGUCACUUUAGCACAUCAGCAGGAUCGAAUCCGAGAACUGAAACAACUGCGGUCCAAUCUGAGGCUGGUGACAGAGGAAUGUGACAGGAAGAUUCAAGCUCGCUGGGCAGAGGAGCAGGCUGAGAUUGGAGCCUUGAAAACGGAGAAGCAGCAACUGCAGAUGGACAUUGAGGCCAUGAGGGAGAGAGAAAAGGCCAUGCAGGCAGUGGUGGACCGCCUACAGUCGGAACUCUCUGACCAGUAUCUGCAGUACCGGGAGGAGCGUGAUGCCCGCAAGUUGCUGAUCUGGCAGCUCAAUGACCUAACAAGUGGCUCUGCUAAGGAGGAGCACCCUGAAGAUGAAAAUACAGAAGAGGCUAAGGACCCUGUGGAGCUGCAGCUCGCUCUGAAGGUGUGUCGGGAAGACCUGACUAAAGCCCAGGAAGAGCUCAACAGGAUGAAGGCAGAGUACUGGGAUGUUGUGCCACGACGCAACUGGGACACCCUGGAACAAACACACAAACAGACCCUCUUGCAGUUGAAGACGCUGCGGGGUGACUUUGAUCAGUUGAAGAGUGAGUAUGACACCCUGCUGGAUCUCCACAAAAGGGGCAGCAUGCAGAGUGAGGCACAUGACCCCAUCAAUGUGCAGAUGGAUGAGAGUGUGGCCCAAGGGCAAAGCCAGGUUCAGUCCAGCCAAUCAAAAGAGCCGAUUGACUCUGAUCCCCCUGAGAGCAGCACACUUACUGUCCAGGAGUUUAGGGCAGCCCUGAGGACAGCGUUCCCUCUGAAGUCAGACCAGGAAAUAGAUGAACUUGUGGCCUCGGCCCAAAGCGAACCAGACCGCAGCGAUGACGCUAUCUCUUCUCAGAGACUCCACAGCCUGCUUGCAGAAUCUGGUGUGGCGGCCUCACCUCCAGCUCCUGACCAAUCAGAAGAUAAUGCUGCAUCAAAUCCCUUUCCGGCCAACGACUGAUAUAAUGUAAUAUUGUUAUAUUAAUUGUAUAUAUUGAGAAGGCCAACUUGCCGACUUAGGUACAUCUGAAAAAAAAAGAUGUAUAAACCUUAAUUCUAAGGUCACAGAUUGAUCAUGCAUUUUAAACAGUUCUUGACAUUUAACCAACUGCAAAUGUAUGUAUUUGUAUUAUUGCAUUAUCAUUGUCUGCCAUUCACCUCCAUUGUGAUGGGAGUUACAGUAGAAGACGUCUUAGCCACACAGAGCUCAAAAUCUGGAUGGCGAAUCAAUUUUUUAUUCAUAGUAAGUUAUUUGUGAUUUGAGUGAACUGACUCUAUAAUGUUAUUAUAAGUACCAUGUGUGCCUUGUAGAAUGGUUUAUAUCAUCCUGGCAAAUGCAACUUAUCAAAAUAUAAAUAAAUCACUAUAGAUUUAUAAUGUUCA